AUGCAAGAGUGUCAUAGAGGCAAUAAACAAGAACAACAAGGCGAACAUUACCGCACACAUGAUGGCCAGGAUGAUGAAGAAGAUGCAAAGCAGGGAAGAAUUAUAUUGCAAGGAAGAGAAAUAUUAAGAAAUCAAUACGACCGCGCAGAGGAAGCUGAAAGGAAUAAUGCCGCGCAGGAACAUGCAAGGGAUGAAAGAGAAAGACACAAAAGAAGGAGAGAGGAGGCUGAAGCAAGAGAGAUACAAAAGGCUGUGCGUCAAAAUAGAUAUGACAACAGAGUAAGGCAAGCAAGGUUGAAAAGACCCAUGCAACAAGAUGCAGACCAAAUCAUGAGCGAAGAAAUCCUUAGAGAAUUAGCGGAGAUGAGUGAAAUGAUGACGGCGCGAAAAUAUGAUGAUUUAUUGUAUACGCAGAUCUUCAGGACAAAAGAUACAAUAACCAUGGCAGAGUUACGCGAGUUCCAGGAAGAAUACAUAGCUCUUGAAGAAAAACAAAGAGAAAUGGAGUCUUACCCAGUAGCGAUAACAAACGAAAAUGAGGGGAAUGCAAGCCUACUUCCAAGGAAAACAAAUGUUGUUGCAAGUACAUCCCAAGGGAGUAAAGGAAAGAAAGUAAUGGAAGAAGGGCAAAAGCUAGUAGCCAUGGGCAGUAGAUAUCAAGAAGGUGUUUGA